UCACAAUUUAAGAUGGUGGAACGAUUAUGCGUUGCAACGGUUUCCGUGUAGCAAAAGCAUUUUUUUCCCUUCUGAUUACGAUCUAAACUGAAUGGGAAAUUUUCCUUUUGUGGAUAGGACCAUAUAUGUUUUUUGGAUGAGUUUUCGUGUGGUUUAAAAUGGAUCAAAACGAAUUUUCCGUACCAAGACGCGAUGCAUGUGGUCGACAUAGAGCAACGCAGAGGAGCAAGAGUAUGACUCUUCGUAGAAGAAACUUUUCUAAUCCACCUGAAGGGAGAUCAAAAUCCCUCCAACUCAACAUAAAAAUGAUGAACUUAAACAAAUUCCGGAGGCGAAAAGGGCCGGCUUGGUCAAGGGGAGAACAGAAAAAAGCUGGGGUUUCAAAUUCAGGAAGCAGUAAAAGUUGUAUGGUGGAAACAGCUGAUUCAAGUAAACCUCAGAACUCUGAAGUUCGAGAAAUUCCAGGGUUUUAUUACGAUGCAGAGAAGAAGCGCUAUUUUAAAAUCACCAAAGAUCAUCCAGUUCCAGGAAAAAAUUUUGUGUUAUGCCAGUGUGGAGGAUAUAAGUACAUCUCAUCCAAAAAUCAGAGAAAAAUAAUACCUGGUGAUAUUAAGGUUACCAAAAAACCAUCAAGAAUUUCUAUAGUAAAUAGCCUCCAUGAUAGGGAGUACACUCGUUGCUCACAAACAAGCAGUAGGAAUCUAUUUGAAAAGCUUACUUGUCUGUUAAAAAUAAGGCAAAGACUAAAGUUGGAUCCUUGUGUAGAUCACUACUUAGAACUGGAUCAGUUUGCAGUAUCACGGAUAGAGCCUGAUGCUUGUCAUGAGAGGAUACUAACACUGUAUGAGACCAAACCCACAGGGAACCAAGCAGUACAAUUUCAUGAUUUAAAAAAGGACAAAAACAAUAAUUUUGAAGUAGUGCACAAAAUGGCAAUGAUGAAAAACCAGAAAAUAACAGGUCUUCUUUGGAGUCCACAUGAACAAACAAAGAACACAUACAUAUUAUCUUUACUUGGUCAUGGAAACAUGUCUGGUGAAACCAUGGUUUUUACAGUGGAAGGUGCUUCGCAACGAAUAGUUGGUAGAACUUCUGUACAAGGGAACUCAGUGUGGACUAAUGCAUGGAACAGAAACCCUCUCUAUAGUAAUAUAAUCAGUAUUGGAGCAAGUAAGGUAGCUUUAACAUUUGAUGUGUCCACCAAGAGACGUGUAAUACAUACCAAGUGUGAAAGUGCAGUAUUUGCUCAGGAAUUUUCAUGGAGUCAUCCUCUUCUUUACAAUGGCUCACGCGAUGGCUGCAUACGUACAUGUGAUGUGCGUCUGAUUGGUGCCAACUGGCCAGUAAUGUGUCUAAACCAAGGAAAGCUGGCAUCAAUCACAUGCCUACGGGUUUUGCAUGAUGAGAACUACUUAUUGGCCAGUGGUCUAGAUGGAUCGCUGAAGUUGUGGGACAUAAGGGCAAGGGCCUGUGUACGAGACUAUGAAGGGCACAUCAAUGAGAUCACACAUGGGCUACGCUUCCAUGUGGACCCCACUGACUCAUUGAUUUUCGCUGCAGGAAAAGAUUCAGUGACACGCAUCUGGAGUGUUGGAAGUGGUAAACUUCUUCACACAAUUCCAUUUCCUGACAAUGUGGACAAAUCUUUCAGCCCCAUCCCAGCUUUGUCCUACUCAGAUGAAUGGGGUGGUAAGGGUGGCAUGUCAGGUCUCAUGUAUGGUGCUGGAGAUUCAGUUUAUUCAUACUCAUACUGAAGAGUUUGGAGAGUCAGACUUCUAUGAUAUUUGUUACUCAAAAGGUUAAUGGCAGAGUGGAUAAAUGGCAGGGAGGUCUCUGCUUUCUUCUGAUCAGUGGAGAGGUACAUUUGGUUAAAUGUUUGUCCUUUAAAGAAAAAAGGUGACAGAGAACAAUUUUUGACAAAUAGAAGACAUGUAGAUUGGGAACUCCAUCUGACAUUGACUGCAUGACAAAUGAGUUUAAAAAAAGGUAUCUGCUUUGGUGAAGUGUGUGUCCUUCAAAAAGAAAAGGUGAGAGAGAACAUUUUUGCAACAUAAUGGAAACCUUCGAUUGUAGGAUGCCUGUUUCAGAAACAGGUCAAAUCGAUAGAAUUUAAUGUAUGGCUUCAUCCAUAAGUGAACAUAAGCUAGGAUAAAGUAAGAUAUCAAAUACCAUAAAUUACAGUGAAAUUGAAAUCAGUAAACCUUGCAUUUGAUAAAGAAAUUCAUCAGUGUGGAAUAUCUCUGGCUACCACCUAUGAAAGUCUGUUGGAAGUUGAAAGGCCCAAUGGUCAGCAUAAUGGAAUUAAGGUCGAAAGGUUAGGGGUCAAGCCCUGGUGGGGUCAACCCAGAGAGAGAGGUGGUUUAUAAUAAUAAUAAUAAUAAUAAUAAUAAUAAAUAAUAAUAAUAAUAAUAAUAAUAAUGAUAAUAAUAAUAACCAUUACGGUUACGGUUACAGUUAAGGUUUUUUUACGGUUACGGUUUUUGCCCUGUGCUGCCUGAUUAGAAUGUAGCAUUCAGUUGAUUUCUCUGUGACAUAAUAAUAAUAUCAUUUAUUCAAAUGUCUUGCAGAGAAUGCUGAACUACAGGUUUAUAAUAACAAGAAUUAUAGGAGRAAAAAGGGGGAAAACUGUACAAGAUGCUUUAAACUACAUACAAGUAAAAACAGCAUGUACAUAAAAAUGAUAAUACUAAAAUGAUAAUGUUUAUUAUUAAAAAAAAACGAGUAUGAUUA